ACGUGACCUAACAGGAUGUCCCAAGCGAAGUAGCGGCGUCCCCAAAGCAUGUCGCAGACUGGAACAGAUGCCAAAAGCUCUCGGUGAACAUACCCAUCCAUUACCUCGCACUUUACAAGAACAUCCGAACUGCCGCGUUAAGGCUUAAAUCUAACGUUUGGCAUCAUCGCUCCACCUUCCUCUCUCUUGCCUUGCUACGCUCUGCAUCCGGCAGAGGAGAGCAGCCCGCGUCUCAGGACACAUGCGAUAUACAAUGAAGCAGUGUGUCCACCGCCGGGAAGACAAAGCAGCAGGAUGCGACGAGGAGACGAGGUUUCGCGCAGGAUCAAGGACGUUUCGCUCGACUGCACUGGCCAGAACUGCUGAAGAAUGAAGCCCUAGUGUCUGUAUGGCAAACUUCGACUGAGGACUAAGGACUAGACUCUAGACUUCUAGUUCCAAAGCCAGGAAUCAAGAAUGAGGACCAAGUAUGCAAUCGUCUUCAUCUGUGUUGUGGCCCUGGUCAUCAUCGAAAAAGAAAGCAAUAUUCUCUCAAGGGUCUCAGAUAAGCUGAUCCCAAGGCAGACGCCCCAGCAGACUCCACAGACCCCUGAGAGUGACAACAACACGGGACCAAAAGGUUCUGCGGCUGUACUGAAAGUGCUUCUGGCCAAACAGCCUGCCACAAAAAACAACCUGACAAAUUUCUUCGAAAAGAAAGAGGUGGAUGAGACGGACGGCAUAAAGGCACACAGGAACAGCGGCAGCCGGAAGCACGUGUUGCUGAUGGCCAGCACACGGACAGGAUCCUCAUUCGUUGGGGAGUUUUUCAACCAACACGGAGAGACCAUGUUCUAUUUGUUUGAGCCUCUGUGGCAUGUUGAACGCGUGAUGGCCACAGCAGCAGAGGUGAACAAUGGGACUGUUUUGCCAGGAGUCUACCGGGACAUCCUUCAGGCGCUCUUCCUCUGUGAUUUCUCUCCCCUUGAGAAGUUCAUCUCUCCUCCACCGAAAAACCACAUCACCCCUGAUCUCUUUCGCAGAGAGUCAAGCUUAUCUCUCUGUGAAGACCCUGUUUGUACUACUGUCCUCAAAGAAGUUUUUGAGCGGUAUCACUGCAAGAUCCGUCAGUGUGGACCGCUGAACCUGACACUCGCAUCAGAGUCCUGCCUCACCAAACAACACCAUGCCAUCAAGACUGUCCGUGUGCGACAGCUGGACACGCUGCAGCCUUUGGUGGAGGACCUUCGCCUGGACGUCACAGUCAUCCAGCUGGUUCGAGAUCCACGAGCCAUUUUAGCAUCACGCAUGGUGGCCUUCUCCUCAAAAUACCGGACAUGGAAAGCCUGGGCGCAGGACGGCCAGGUGCCUGAAGAUGACGAGGAGGUGAAAAGGCUUAAAGGAAACUGUGAUCAAGUUAGGAUAUCUGCAGAGUUGGGACUUAGCAAGCCCCAUUGGCUCAAAGGACGCUACAUGUUGGUGCGUUAUGAGGAUAUUGCUCGAUACCCAAUGCAGAAGGCCGAGGAGAUGUACAAGUUUACAGGGAUACCGUUCAGCUCCCAAGCAAGGGAUUGGAUCCUGAGGAACACACAGACGACAGAGGAAGCCAGUGGAAUAUACUCCACACAGAAGAACUCUUCGGAGCAGGCAGAGAAAUGGAGGAUUGGCAUUCCCUUUACCCUGGUUCAGGUUGUGCAGAAGGUGUGCGCUCCCACCAUGAAGCUGUUUGGAUACAAAUUUGUGGAUGAUGAAAAAGCACUAACUAAUAAGUCUAUCAGUUUGCUGGAAGAUAAACAAUUUCCAUAAUGAAGCAGAGUGCCUAAAAAAAAAAAGAACAUCCAGCCACCCAUAUUCAAAAUCAUGCACACAAACGGUCACACGUAAAGGAAAAUUUUUCAGACCAAAUAACCUAACAUCAAUGGUUUUGUCCUCUGAGAGGAAGCCAGAGGAUCCGAAGAGAACCCAGACAUGCACAAGAAGAACGUGCAAGCUACAUGUUGAAAGACUCUGGCCAGGAUUGGAACCCAGGACCUUCUUGAGAAAGUUAUGUACAGGCUUCUGAUAGAAGAAAAAAACACAGAAAAAAGUACAUUUAUGUUCAAACCAAAACAGCGAGCAUCAAGCUAAUCAUGUGCCUGACUUUACCAACCCUCUUUUUAGAGGAAGUAACUUGCAGGAAGGGAAUAACUCUGCACACUGUACUCACUUCGUUGCAAGUCACUCAAACGUUGUGCCAUGGUUGACCUUUUUUGAUUUAAAUAUCAAAUAGGCCGGUCUUUAGAGGCCACUGUAUGAGAUGUAUGCUUUUAGUGUAUGAUGAUAGCAUUUCAGGGAUAAAAUUCUCAUAGUAGUGUGGGAAUAGCAUCUGUUGAAUAGAUGUCCAUUAUACCGAUCCAAGUCAGUUAAGAGGAGCCAUUUACAAGUACAGGAUUUCAGUCUGAAACUUUAUUACAAAUAAUAAAACCCCUGCAUGUAAAUGAAUGACAACUCAUAUUUCACAGUGCAGUAAAAUAACCAGUUAAUUUGAUCAGAAUUACAUUGUAUUAGUAUUGUAAUUGUGUCUAAAUUAACUCAAGCACUCUUGAUGCUCUGGAUGCUACAGCAAGUGGAACAAAGAGGUAUAGGUCAGGGAAGUUCAUUAAAUGUUUUGAAAUAGUUCUAUUUAAUCGCUUUAUCUUGUUUCUAAAACUUUAUGUAUUUUAACACACAAAUCUUGCUUCUAUUGACCACGUUUUCACUCAGAGAACCUUUUGGCAGUGGUAAGAUGAUGUUAGCAUGUUUCUCAUGUCUUGAGGAUAAUUCAGCUCAUUAUAUAAUUUAGUGGUGUUGGUGGUCUCUGGGUGAAAUGGGAAAUGAAAAAGCUGAUGUUCAUAAACGCAUCAUAAAGUUGAAUGAGCAUAGACAGACAGAAAGCUGCUGCAGCCAAUACAGUCCCUCUUUUACUGUUAACAUUAUUGUAAGAAGUGAACACAAUUCAUUUAAAUGGACAAAAUAAUGUGCAAGGUACAGUUUUCCUAUUGUAAAAAGACACAACAUAUUUGCAAACCAUACAAACAAAAAUGCUGACAUCCAAACUCAUUUGCACAGCUUGCUGGGGAUGCAGCUGGCAUCCAAUUACAUCAACAGCAGUUAUAUCGGGGUUGAGUUAAGUCAGGAGCACCAAUACUCAUUAUUUAUAGAUACUUGGGAUCAGACUGGGACAUUCAUUGUAUGUAUUCACAAAUAUUUACUAAUAUGAUAAUACUAGACAACUGUGGCUCAUUGGGACGAGUAUUCGUCUUGCAACCGUUGUUGCAAGACGAAUACUCGUCUGACAUUUCAGGGAUGUCUGACAGUUGUUGUUCUUGGUGUCACAUGUCGGUGUGCCCCUGGGCAAAGCACUUAACCCCUAGUUUUCUACCAAUCUGUAUAUGCCCACUGUAUGAAUGUGUGUGCGUCAGUGAGUGUGAGUGGGUGAAUGCGACUCUGUUUUAAAGUUAUAAGUGGUCAGUGACUUGAAAAGCACUGUAGGAAUAAAGACCAUUUUACCAUUUCAUUUUUACCAUUUAAUUUUUACCAUGAACGUGGAACAGCAUUUUUUGUGUAUAUGUGGAGGAUUCAUUCAGUAUUUUAUGGUGGCCAUCAGGUGCAAAAGUAAGGCAAAUGCUUUGCAGAGACAUGCAUGAAGCAAACUCCGAAACAACAAAAAAAAAAAGCUGCAAAAGAAAAAUGUUGCAGUCAAAGAAAAUAGACAGAAGCAAAACGAAAAAUACUACAAGCACCAAAAACAACAGUUAGUUUAAAAAGCUGCAAACUCUAACAACCGAAAAAAAAAGUGGAAUUGCGCCAGACCACUAGGAGUCAGGUGGGACCAGACCCAGUAAAGACAAGCGCACUAAUAUUACCAACGUACAUAAAUAUGCUGAUGUUCUAUAAUGUAAAAGAUUACUGUUGUGUUUAAAAAACUUACCUUUUCUUUCUUCCCUCCAUUGUCUUCUGUGCAUCAUUUUCUCUUUACUGAGGGGCUAAUUUCACCUGAAUUGUUGGUCAACUCCCCCUAGUGGUCUGGCGCACUUCUGAUUUUUACACUAAGUUUUCAGUUUUUUUUUUUAUUUUUUUUUUAUUUUUACUUGCUGUUUUUGGUGCUUGCAGCAUUUUUCUUUUGCAUAAGUUUUUUUGUGUUUGUGUGUUUUGGAUCAUUCAUCAUGUGUCAGCUAUUGUCUGUUUUUAGCACGUUCAGUCGUUUGCUACUCAUUGGCACCUGUCGUAUUCCCUCAGCUGUACACUAAACUUUAAUAUUGUAGUUUGUGAAACGUAAAAAAUGAUCUUGGUCUGUAAUGAUUGAAAUAUAACAUAAUGAUACACACAUUAUUUUUAUAUAAACUACAUGAAUGAUCAUUUACCUCAGAUAGCUUUUAAUAGUACAGUCCCCCCCCCCUUGCAACAGCUAAUGUUUUCCUACCUCAAAAUGAUUAUAAAGCUUUAGUAUUAACGAAAGAACCCUCUUUUCUAAUAACCUGCUGCUCCUGUCACCAUACUGCCUAACUGAGAGACAUAGCAAACAGCUAAAAAAAAUGAACUCUAGGAAAACUGUUUUGUGAGUUUGAUUUGUUUUAGUUGACAAAACAAAAGUCAUAUUUUUAGGAAUAUUAAAGCCAACCAAGUGUUUUGAUCUUCAUAUGUUUUUUUUUCUUUUUUUUUUUCCUCCAAAAGCUUAUAAACGUUAUGUGUGUUCAUGCCUUAGCGCAUAUUAUUAAGUGAAAUCCAGGUGGUGUCAUUGAUGCAUAAAGGUAACUACUGUGACUAUGAUUCAAUGACAGCAUUGUGUUCAGCUUGGCUAAGGCCCCGGGGCCAUGCUGCUUAAGGAAAGGAAUUUGCUUCGGUGAUUCCCAUAGAGUGAACCUAUCCUCACUUUGUUUCAAAAACUAAAAUGAAUACUUAAAGUACUGUGUUGUCAAGGAUACCCAAAUACCUAACUGUAAAUCUUUAGAUAUUAGAGUUUUUUUGGAAUUCAUUUUAUCCAUAUUUUUUAAGUUUGUCUCGUUGACUAUUGAAAUGCAACAAGACCUAAAUAAGCCUUUCACGAAAGGCCUGUUUUCAGUUAAUUCUUGUUCUAUUCAUUUUGGUACGAUAUGCAUCACUUUGUUUACAAAAUGUAGAUCCAAUUCAAUUGUAAUUUACUAUAUUAACCAAAUUUUGCUGGAUUUUUUUAAGUAGUUUAAUUUGUUUGAUACUUUUGUAAUAGCUAGAACUGACAAGGAUAGAGUGACAUUUUCUAGGUCUGAUUUUCAUGAAAGCGUUGAGGAAACCUUCGCCUAUUAUUUACUAGAUGCCUGUACUUUUUUGCUGCCAUAUUUAAUUUUUACAGAAGAUCCAAGAUGUCUGAGGAUAGACUAUACCUAAUUUAUUAGAACUGUAUCACACAGAUGUAAAUGUUUGUCUUGAAAUGGUGAUUAAAUUUCUUUUGACGUGAACGCUUAUAGACAAAUGUUUUGUUGUUUGUGAAGUCUUCUGCCAGACAUAAUGUGUUACAGGUUCAAGAAUCUGCAUUAAAUAAUUUGCUUGUAGUUUUUUUUAAGCAAUUGCUUACAAAAGCAUCCAUACCCGUUGAACUUUUUCACUUUUUUUCAUGUUACAUCCACAAACUUCAAUGUAUUUUAUUGGAGUUUGGAUUGAUAAUACAAAUAUGGCAUGAAUUUGGUUUCAGCCCCUUUUUAAACUAGUGCUUCCUGCAAUUACAACUGCAAGGUUUUAAGGAUAUGUUACUUUUAUAUAUGUACAUCUCAAAACUAAGCCUUUUUGCCUACCCUUCUUUGUGAAAUAGGUCAGGUUUAGUCAGCUUGGAUCAAUGGCAUCUUUGAAUAACUUUCAAGUCUUGCCAGAUUCUCAAUUGGUUUUUGAUAUGGACUUUGACUGGGCCAUUUUAACACUAGAAAAUGGAUUGUUCCGUUAUAGCGCUGAUCGUUGGAGUUUAUGGUCCUGCUGGAAUUUAAACCUCCAGUAUCUUGGAGCCAGAUAGUCUUUUAGCAUUUCCCUGUAUUUAGCUCUUUCUAUUUUCACUUUUUUCAAAACAAUAGGAACUACACAUUGCUAAAACAAUAAAAACCAAGAUGACUAUGAGCCUUUACUUAUUCAUUCAUAGAAGAUAAGAAAAUAUGUUAUCUUGUAAGAGUCAUAAAAAAAGAGUUGGGAAAAAAAUUCUGAAAAGUAUUUUCUCUGAAAUCCUACUUAGUUUUUAAUUACAUGUGUACCAUUUUUUUUAUUAACAAACAAGAGAUUUGAAAGAACAAAUUUCAGAGUUUUCUUUGACAGAAAUCUUCUCCUUCUGUUGCUGCUUUUUUCCUGAAAGAAACUGUAGUUUAAGCUGUUUCAAAUUUUUCAAGCUUACCAGAUUUAUUUUUCAGCUUCUCACAGCCAGCUGACUUACAAACAAGUCUGUUUAUAUCUUACAUUUCACCUCAACUUCAAAAGCAAUGUAUCUGUCCUCAUAUCUCUGCUUCUCUCUUUUAUCUCUGGUCUUCUGUCAAUGGCUAUAAGAUAACCCACAGAGUACUGGUGCCUACAUCAUUAGCAUUUAUACAAGGACCUUUGUCAAGGCAACACUUUCUCACGUCAGCAAAAUUACUAUUCACUCCAACACUAUUGAGGAGACAAACUUCUCCGUUGAUCGCAUGCAGUAAGUCGGACAGAUGCACGCAGAACCACAGCCUCGUUGGUCUUUGUGCUGUCACUAAUGCUGAUUUGUGAACAGUGUGUUGGGGAAUCAAGGGUCUUUGGAAGAGCUAUUAGUUCCACUUGCUAAAAAAAAACUAAAAUAUUGGGAAAGAUUGAACUCUGUCACAUAUUAAUGUCUCACCCCACUCUUUCAGAAUCAUGUGUUGUGCCAUGUUAAGUUUUCUGUGUUUUGCAUGUAGGCCAAAUAACAAGGUGUCCCAUCUGAUCAA